ACGUCAUCACGCGGCGCCGCUUCAGCGCUGUGAUUCAACUGGAGAAAGGAUAAAGUGUCCAAACACAGAGAAAAACUCCUGCUGAAGCGACUGAUCUCCACACUGUUAUAAAGAUGGCGUUUAUUAAAGAGGAGAGUGAAGAUGUGAAGAUUGAAGAAACAUUCAGAGUCAAACAUGAAGAUCUGCAGGAACAAACAGACCUGAUGGUGCUGAAAGAAGAGACUCAUCAACCGAAUGAAAUGGAAGAGAAACAGCAGUUUGAGAAACCACAAGAGAUAACGACUGAUGAAAAACCCACACUGAAUAAAAAGACUUCAUCACGCAGAAGACUUCGGAAAUCCAAAUCUAGGUGUAAUUUCAGCUGUACACAGUGUAGAAAGAGUUUCAGUCAAAAGUCAAACCUUGAUGUUCACAUGAGAGUUCACACUGGAGAGAAACCUUACACCUGCGAACAGUGUGGAAAGAGUUUUGGUUAUAUACAAGGCUUUAAAACCCACAUGAGAAUUCACACUGGAGAGAAGCCUUUCAGCUGUACACAGUGUAGAAAGAGUUUCAGUCAAAAGCCAAACCUUGAUGUUCACAUGAGAGUUCACACUAGGGAGAAACCUUACACCUGCAAACAGUGUGGAAAGAGUUUUGGUUAUACACAAGGCUUUAAAACCCACAUGAGAAUUCAUACAGGAGAGAGGCCGUUUACAUGCCAAGAGUGUGGAAAAAGCUUUUAUAAUUCAGGACACUUUGCAGUGCACAUGAGAAUUCACACUGGGGUGAGGCCAUACACAUGCAAACAAUGUGGAAAAAGCUUCAAUGAUGCAAGAAACCUUGCACUGCACAUGAGAAUUCACACUGGAGAGAAGCCUUUCAGCUGCAAACAGUGUAGAAAGACUUUCAGUAAAAAGUCAAACCUUGUUGUUCACAUGAGAGUUCACACUAGGGAGAAACCUUACACCUGCGAACAGUGUGGAAAGAAUUUUAGUUAUACACAAGGCUUAAAAACCCACAUGAGAAUUCAUACUGGAGAGAGGCCGUACACAUGCCAACAGUGUGGAAAAAGCUUCUAUAAUUCAGGACACUUUGCAGUACACAGGAGAAUUCACACUGGGGAGAAGUCUACUCUUGCCCUCAGUGUGGAAAAAGUUUUGAGAAAAAUGGCACCUUUGAAGUCCACAUGAGAAUUCACAACAAAGAGAGAAUGUAGGAAAAGUUUUUCUCAAAAACAAGAUCUUGACAUCCACAUAAGUAUUCAUACUAGAGAGACACCUUACCGAGUGUUGUAAAAGCUUCAUAUGUAAAAACGCACUUUAUUACUACAUAAGUCACACCGGAGAGAAGCCGUUUGCAUCUUCUCAGUGUGGAAAGAGAUAUACAACCGAAGCUAGCCCACAAGCUCCCACAGACCACAACAUUCUAAAUUAUCACAAUGGUCAAGCUCUUAAUAAGCCGUAUAUCUCCCUUUAGCCAUCCCUGUCUAUUAACCAUUUCUGUCAUUAGAACAGAAACAAGUCGGGGGAGUUCAUCGAGAUCUAUCUGAGCUCAAACUCCCCUCUUGCCCUGCUUAUGAGAGGGAGCCGAGGGCUCGCAGAUCUUUUGAGCUUAGGGCUCUCCCCCGGGACAACAUGCCAAACAAGUGUUAACUCUUGUAUACAUAUCAAGUUACUGAAAAUGAAAACCCUUGACAACUGUUUUGUAGUGUAGAUCAGGGCUCACAGCCCAGUACCAGGUUGUGAAAGUUGCUACCGGACUGCAAGAACGCAAAAUAACUCUAUAUGUUGAUAGACUGUGUGGCUUGUUUCAUAUGCAAACAAGUAUCAGCAUCUGAAAAGGUUUGAACCAAAUGACCUACAGGAACUACAGGACCCAACCAAAGCAGUUGGGUAAUCUCCGGGGGGUUACAUCCUUUGUUAUAAAGUAGUGUCUCACAGACUGUACUUUGAGUUAAGUUACUUGAAGACCGUCGAGUUCACUGCUGAGGAACUGCACUAUUCAUUGUCUUCAAUAAAGUGUUCUCCUUGUAAGAACUUUGGUCAGCUUACUUAUUUUAUGUAUUAGAGUCAUCUACACAUUGGGGAGUCACCCAAGAACGGUUAAGCCAAAUACAGCAAAAUCUGACUAUGUGUUUCAAGUUAUUAUGAACCAAUAACUAUAUUUGUGCACAUUGCACACUUGCCCGGCGCUGAAAAGAAAAUUAGAAAGAUUGGGGAGGAGAAAAUGUUUGGGGAGAUGCAGGGAACACUGUCCUACACCCUUAGAUGGUGUUUUUGAUCAGUCACAUUGUUUGUCACUUGCGUGAACAAACACUGAUUUGCCUCCAAUUUUGGCUUUUGUCUGCAAUUUCACAAAACUUGUUGGCGAAUGAAAGUCUGGCUAAACUCGUGUGGUGUGAACUUGCCGAUGACAGUGACCGACCAUCAGACUCCCUAAAGACCUGUUCAGACUACACAAUGUUAUUUGUUAGUUACGACAGAUCAGAUUUUUGUCAGAUUAUGAGAUUUUGACUUGAUCAAAUCUUGAUGUUUUGUGGGUAACAAAUGAAGACUUUGGUUUCAAAACACUACACAUUUAUUUUGAUGGACUAAUUUGAGAAAAGAAACAAGUUUUCUUUAUGAAGACAAUUAAACUUUCUGUAGACAACUGGUUGCCUUUAAAGAUACGCCCAUUGUUGUGCCUGGUUGGUCUUAUGACAUUAAUCGUAAGAGACACAAAAAAUCAAUGAUGUAUUCUGAUAUCCCAAUGCGUAACAGCACAACUCUUAAUGAAGAAACCAAGCGUAAGAGAAAGGAAAGGCGCCUCCGCCAGAGGGCGCGCAGGACCAACAAACCAACUGAAGGACCUCUAGCUGACCUCGCUACUCAGUUUAAACACAUAACUCUUAGUGCAUGAAUGUGUAGGCACACUAUCUAUGAAGGCUGAGCAUAUAACUGCCAAAUAAUUGACUUAUACUCGGGUGACUAUGUAUUUGUCUUCCCGGGGGAUUUUCCCACUGUUUAAAUGAUAUAUGCUCUUUGAAUGUGGAAUUUAAUUAAGAUGUGCACCUGUGUUUAUGAUUGAUCUAUGUUCUGUUUCUGAACAUUGUUUAUGGGACCUGUCUCCCAACACUGUCCCAGCUUCGAUCGUUAUCUAUGCAUGAUGAGUAUAAAAGCUGAAAUGUACAAAGCAGCUUUGCGCUUUCUGACUUCUGUAUACUGAAGUCGGUUGCCCUUUAUCCUCAACGGAGGAUAAAGUAAGGAUUUUGUUUCUGUUAUUUGUCUUUUGUUUAUUCUACUUUUUCACUGGAUUUUAUUUUAUUAAUAAAAGUAUAUUUUAUUACUUAUCUUCACUGGAGUGGACAUUGACUUCAUUUUCCAGAACCCAUCAAGUUACCCUGUGUGGUAAAGUAUGAGUCUAAUUUAUUCUUUUUGC